AUACGUGGCCUUUAGAGCUAAAAACAUGUUUGCCAGCUGCUGAUAGCAUGUGUGCUCGUGGUUAGCAGCAGUGCAGAGUCAUGCUCAGGUCAAAGUAGAAACGUUGUCUCGUUUCUUCGUGUGUUUUUCCUCGGAGAUAUGUUUCCCCGCUUGAAUAUGUUUAGGAUCGGGUGGAUAGGAGUGAAACUGAGCAGGAAAGUCACGAAUGCAGCUGCUUUUGCGCAGACGCAGCGCCGCUACAGCACAGGUGAACAGGACCGCAGCUUGUUUGGGCUUCUGUUUGACAUUGAUGGAGUGCUGGUACGUGGACGGACCCCCAUCCCUGCAGCUAAACAGUGUUUUAGGGACCUGGUGGACGGCGAUGGGAAAUACAAGGUUCCUGUGGUGUUUGUGACGAACGCAGGGAACUCUCUCCGGCAAACCAAAGCCGAGCAGCUGUCUCACCUUCUGGAGGUUGAGGUGUCACCGGACCAGGUGGUGCUGUCCCACAGUCCUCUGAGGGUUUUCACUCAGUUCCAUGACCUGUGCGUGCUGGUGUCCGGACAGGGACCUGUGGUGGAAGUUGCACACAAUGUAGGUUUCAAGAACGUUGUGACCAUUGACAUGCUAAGGGAGGCGUUUCCUCUCCAGGACAUGGUGGAUCACCAUCGCAGACCCAAAGACAUUAUUCCCCCAUCUAAAGAUUUGCCACCAAUAGACGCUGUCAUCCUGUUCGGUGAGCCUAUCAGGUGGGAGACGAACUUACAGCUGAUUGUUGAUGUGCUGUUGACCAAUGGGAGGCCAGGAAACACGGUGACAUCACUGCAUUACCCACACAUCCCUGUGCUGGCCUGCAACAUGGAUCUGCUGUGGAUGGCCGAAGCCAAAAACCCUCGAUUCGGUCACGGCAUGUUCCUCGUGUGCCUGGAGAGCAUCUACAAGAAGAUAACAGGCUGUGAGCUGAAGUACGAGGCUCUGAUCGGGAAGCCCAGCGUUGUGACUUACAACUACGCCGAACUGCUCAUUAGACAACAGGCCGAGAAUCUGGGCUGGACCCGGCCGGUCGAGAGACUUUACGCCAUUGGUGACAACCCCAUGGCUGAUAUUUACGGUGCGAACCUGUACAACCGCUACCUCAAAGCGAUGCAUCGCAGCCGGUCCCAGGCGCAGGCGCAGGGUGGCUCGGCCGGCCAGGUGACCGGAGACCUGGCGUGUGAAGCGUCCGACGAUGCCAAAUGCUCCGGACAGGUGAUGGUGGGAGGCUCGUUCGAGCACCGUCUUCCUGAAGGCUGCAGCUCAAUCCUGGUCUGCACGGGCGUCUACAACCGAGACCAACAGGACUUGCCCUCCGACCCCGAGCAGACGGUCACGGAGCAGCGGAUUUUCCACGGUCACCGGGACUUCCGCUUCGACCCCAGCCUGACUCAGCCGUCCUUCAUCGUCCAUGACGUCCGGGAUGCAGUGGAGUUGGUCUUCCAGCUGGAGGGUUGGCCACUGCAGUAAGCCGCCAUCUAUUAUGCCAUAUCUACACAUCAGAACA